UGGCAACCCAUAAUUUGCUUGUAUUAAUGGUUUAUACCUGAUCUAUAAAACAUUAUACAUGAUUAAACCAUUAAUAACCUUUAAUUACUUCUUUAAUUUAAUUAUUUUGUAUAUUUACACAAUUUAAACUAAACUGAUCACAUACAUUCAUACUUGUUACUAAUGUUAUAUCAGUCUGAUCCAUAUUCCAAUAUGACGUAAUAAAGAUGUUUGGCGUUACUUAUUUCAUAAUUAUUACUGCUCAUAGAUACCCUCAGUUGCGACAUUUCUGUCCAUCUUGGUAACUGCACCCUGAUCACCCAGACGAGUGAAAGUAGAUUCUGACUCAUUAAUAUUUCAGUACAGUGUAAUGAAAUCCAGGUAACCCAGUGGCUGUGCUACACAUACGCAUGGGAUGGCCACUGUGAACAUGAACGCACCUUUGUGUGAGGGAGCUGAAACAGUGAGAGUGGGAGUUGUACUUACUGAAAACCCAGGUAAAGCAAGGACAAACAUGUAAAAUCUAUAAAUUUGCUAUGAUGUUGUUGGGGAUUUGUGUUUAAAUGUUGUUUGUGUGUUUGGGGAAAGACUUUGUAGUUAUUGAUGAAGAAGGACAUGGCAUGGACUACAAAUCUGGAAAGGAUGAGGUAAAACAAUUUCCUUCAACCAAUAUUCAGCAAUUAGUUUUUUGAAACCUCUCACUGUUGUCAUGUCUUUUCCCCUUAGGAAGCAAAGUCCUUCUCCUUUGACCAAGUUGUGACUGUUGACAACAUACAGGUGACCUGAUUUACACAAAUGUUACUGAGCUGUACUCCACUUAGCCUCUUUACAGCUCUCCUUCACCACAUUUCUGGCAUGUCUGGAAACUAAAAGUCUGAAUAUAAAUCUGCAGAGUCUCCACCCUGAGCUCCUGCAGCCUCUCACUGGGUCAAUAUCCAGUGGUUAUAAUGGAGCGCUGCUGAUAUGUGGAGCCUCCUCAGAGAAGAUAAGCACUCUGAUUGACCACAGUAUCAUCAAACAGGUGGAGCCCAAAACAAAACUACACUUAAUUUUUUUUAUAUUUUUUUGAGUUUAUGUUUUCUCACUAUUCAUCUUGUCUUAGGUCUUGGCAGAUCUAUUUAGUCAUAUGUUGUCGCAAGGGAAAGAGGAGUUGUUCCUCUCUGUGUCGUGCCUUCAGUUUUAUCCAGAUGGCAGUGCUGUGGAUCUCCUGAGCCCCAAUGCAGACAGACAAACUCUAAAACUUGUGGCACACGACAUCCUUGGAAGUCUCGUAGGAGGUUUAAGUGAGGUGUGUGUGUGUUCAGCAGAAGAAGCCUAUGCUCUGUAUGAAACAUGCGGCGAGAGACUGAAGGCCAAUGCAGGCUCCAUUUCCAGCAGGUGUAGUUCCCUGUUCUCUGUCGCUGUUGAGCAGGAACUUCAUCCAGAAGAGGUGGAGUCGGAGGUCUGCCGCAGCAGACUGCAGCUGUUCAGACUGGCAGGAGGAGCCAGCCGGACUGACCUCAGAGGAGUCAGCCCACUGGUGAAGGUUGUGGAGCAAACCCAAUGUGAACCCACAACAAGUAAUAAGAUCCUCCCUUUCCUCCUAAAUGAUGCAUUAACUGGAAACAGCAGGACGGCCCUCAUCUACUAUAUCCACCCUCGAGGUCUUCUAGAUGAUGAGACCCUCUCCGCUUUAGCUUUGGCUCAGAAAGCGAAAAAUUUGGUAACUAAGGCCACUGUUAAUCGCUGGUGUCCAAGGGCAAUUGAGCAAAAGAUUCGAGAUGACAUUGCGGAUCUAAGAACCGUGAUGAUGUCACAGGGGGAAAGUGAUGUUCACAACACCUUCAGGCUAGCAGAGCUGACCCAAAACCUGCAGAUUGUGAAAAAUCAGUGUUGGGAGAAGAGGAGGGAAGAGUUAAAGAAGAUAAAAGGCAUAACACAGAGUUGUCGGACCCCAAAUAGCAGUUUGCACAGCAGUGAUCACAGAGAGUGUACAGACACAAUGAAAUAUUUACAAGCCCAACUGAAACAAGAAAUGGAAGAACAUAUCAGAGAAGGUAAAGGGAAUGUGGAGAAAGUGCAGGAGAGAGUAGCAAGAAUCCAUCAGCUGAGAGAGGCUCUCAGAGAGGAGACACUGAAGAACGGGGCUGCUACUGAGAAAUCUGACCUCUGUCAACAAUCUCAGCUGGAAUACAGCAAAGCACAGGAGCGGAGGAUGCAAUUUAAGGAGGACCACAGGAGAUUAAUUCAGGAGGAGGUGGAGAAGAUGGAGAGAGACUUGGCACAGGAACAGCUACCGACAGAAGGCCCCCAGAGAGAGCUGCUGGUGCUGACCAGAGAGAGGCGGGUCCUGGUGAUGCAGAUAGAGGCCCUGCGCGCUGAGGCCCAGCAGGCUGAGCGAGACCUGCACAAUCAAUAUUAUAAACACCAAACAGAGCUGCACUGUCUGAGAGAAGAGAGCCUGCAGGUGUUCAGAGUGUUUCGUCAGGUAAGCAAGGAGCAGAAGAGGAUGUCAGAGGACAGAUACAGAUGUGUGCUGCUAGAGGCUGUGCAGGAUGCCGUCUACCUGUCUGCCCACAACCAGGAGCUGCAGGCUGACAACAAACAACUCCGUAAAGCACUGGGAGAGUUAAAGGAUACUCUAGCUGUGCGAGGUGAUCCUAUGGCUGAACUGUUAUCCCAACAACAAUAAAUAUGACAAAAAUAUGCUAAUGAAUUAUUAAUCAGUAAUGUAAAUCAUGAAAAAUAAAAGGUUUUGUCAA